AUGAAGGAGCUGAAACCAGCGAACUACCAGGCUAGAGAGGAGAUGGAGGCCGUGACCUACAGCAGUUUGGACUUUGACUUGUUAAAGGAAAUUUUGGAGGCAGACUUUACCAACUCUCCUCCUCCCGAUGAGAAUCCUGUUGAGGACGGGUUUGACCCCCAGCAGCCUCCGACAGAGGGCGACAUGCACCACGGAGCAUCGUUCGGCCUCCAGCAGCCAGUCCUGCCCGCACCUGGAUUUCAAGAUGCCCCGAUCAACUUUCCUCUUCUUCCUCUUCAUUAUGCCCCGGCUGAGGAAGGGUUCCAUACCCAGCAGCCCCCGACAGGGGGCGACAUGCCCCACGGAGCAGCGCCGUUCGGCCUUCAGUAUCAGUAUCAAGUAUCUGCACCUGGAUUUAAUGUUGCACCGAUCAACUUUCCUCUUCGCCGUCCCUAUUAUGCCGCGGCUGCGGAAGGGUUCCAUCCCCAGCAGCCUCACACACACGGCGCCAUGCCUUACGGAGCAGCGCCGUUCGGCCUGCAGCAGCAGUUCCUGCCUGCACCCGGACCGGCUCCCCCCAUGUUCCAGCCACCAACUGCCCUGCAGCCGAGCUACAUGCAGCCGGCAGCUCCUUGCCGCCGCAGACAGGUCAAAAAUUUGCCAGCGAACCUCCCUAGUGGCUGGGAGAAGAACCUGACUCCUGUUGGAUUCAUAAAUGGACAGAUCGUUUAUAGUCUUCCGAACUACACAGCUCCACCUGUCGCUUCUGAUGUCCCUGUAGUUAAGGCCCACGCUCCACAAAAGCAAAAGUUCUGCACAGAACCAGACUUGAGCAAGCCUUAUGUCAAGAAGCCUCCAAACGCUUUUAUGAUAUAUCGCACGGAACAGAGGCCAACAGUAGCGGCAGAGCUGCAAAGCAGGGAUUGUGCGAAUAUCAACAAAGUCAUUGGACAGAUGUGGAGGUCACUGCCCAAAGAGGAGCAGGCGAUAUACUAUGGACAUGCAGACAGGGAGAGGCAGCUCCACGCUCAGAUCUUCCCCGAGUGGUCAGCCUGUGACAAUUACGGCAAAAAGAAGAAGAGGAUAAGGAGGAAGGAUCCUAUGAUGGAAUAUUCUGCCAUUUGAAUUCUCCAGGGAGUGAGAAUCAUCUGAAGACUUUCAGAUGUGUUACUUUUAUACCUUCUGUCUACU